AUGGAAUCAACAAUCCCACCACUCCCACAGCCAUACGUCAUUAUCGCUGGCGCAGGUCUGGGAGGCCUUUUGAUGGGCACACUCCUUGAACGCAUUGGCAUUCCUUAUCGUAUCUUUGAGCGUGCCGCCAAAGUCAAACAACUUGGAUCGAUUAUGAGCCUGGGUCCAAACGUCAGACCGUUGUUCAAACAACUCGGACUAGAAGACGAGUUGCUCAAGAUCUCCCUCCCCGUCCCCGGCACCAAUAUUUUUAACGCCAACAUGGAGGUCAUGGGCAUCCUCAAGAAGACCGGCCAAAAGGAGAGCACGGGAUACGGUACUGUUGUCUUUGCACGCCCAGCGCUGUACGACCUCCUCCUCAAACAAAUCCCCACGGAAAAGAUUUCAUUCGGGAAACGAAUUCUCAAGACGGAAGAACAGGACGACAAGGUCAUCAUCCACUGCUCCGAUAACAGCAUCCAUACAGGGGACAUCCUCAUCGGUGCUGAUGGAGCUUACAGCGCUGUUCGACAAAACAUGUACAAGCGACUGCAGGAGAAGGAUGAGCUCCCCAAGUCAGAUACUGAAGACUUGUCGAUCGGGUAUACGUUAAUGGUUGGAGUCGCUACCCCCAAGGACAAAUCAAAGUAUCCCCAGAUGAAGGACUCGUUUUCGCACUUCUCUACCAUCGUUGGCGACAAGAGCCUCAGCUGGGGGGCAUACAACGUACCAGGGGAUCAAAUCUGCUGGAUCUUGAGUGACCAGUAUCAGGACCCUGACAAGGCUAAUCAGCAAAAAUUCAGGAACUCAGAGUGGACGCCUGAGUUGAACGAGGCGAUGAUCAACGAGUUCCGUGACCGCGUUUGUCCUUUGGGUGGGACGAUGGGUGAUCUUAUCGAUGACACGCCCAAGGAGUUGAUCUCGAAGGUAUUUAUUGAGGAGAAGAUGUUCAAGACUUGGUUCCAUGGUCGAACUGUCUUGCUUGGCGAUGCCUGCCACAAAAUGCUUCCAGGCGCCGGCCAAGGAGCGGUCAAUGCGUUUCAAGAUGCAGUCAUCUUGGCCAACGGAUUCUACGACCUGAAGGAUCUGAAGAUCGAGAGUAUUACCGCCAUGUUCCAGGACUAUUACGACCAACGGUUCGAGCUCGCAAAAGCCAUGACAUGGUCAGACUGGAUCAUUAGGUGGAUCAUGUUCAACCUGGUCCCAGAAUCAUUUAACCAAAGAGCCAACGCAAAACGAUGCGAGUACCGGCCUCAGGCCGCCUUCCUGCCUCUCGUUCCCUGCAUGGGCACUGGAAAGGUCCUCCCUCAAAAACCGUCCUGGAGAUACACGGAAGAGCAGAAGCAGAAGCAGAAGCGGCAGCAGCAGCACCAGGAGACACAACCCGCUCAGGCUGUUUAA